GGGAGCCUGGAGGACUAGCGAGGAGGAGUUGAGAGAACGGAGCGGACGCCAUGGCGACCAACAUCGAGCAGAUCUUUAGGUCUUUCGUGGUCAGUAAAUUUCGGGAAAUUCAACAGGAGCUAUCCAGUGGAAGGAAUGAAGGCCAGUUGAAUGGUGAAACCAGUGCACCUAUUGAAGGAAACCAGGCAGGUGACUCGUCUGCUUCUGCUAGGAGCCUACCAAAUGAAGAAAUAGUGCAAAAGAUUGAGGAAGUGCUUUCUGGCGUUUUAGAUACAGAACUACGAUGUAAACCAGACUUGAAGGAGGCCUCCAGAAAAAGUAGGUGUGUGUCAGUACAAACAGAUCCUACUGAUGAAGAAGUUCCCGCCAAAAAGUCAAAGAAGCACAAAAAGCACAAAAAUAAAAAGAAGAAAAAGAAGAAAGAAAAGGAGAAAAAAUACAAAAGACAGCCCGAAGAAUCUGAGGCAAAGCUGAAAUCUCAUGAUAUAGAAUCUGAUUCCUUUUUGAAAUUUGAUUCUGAGCCUUCAGCAAUGGGACUGGCGCAUCCUAUAAGAGAGCUUGGCUUGCCCGAGACCAGUGAUUCCCCUUCAGUUGCUCCAGAACCUUCUCUGAUAGCUAUGGAGGUAUCUGAGCCCCACAACCUAGAAACACUGAAGCAAGCUACAAAACCUGCAGAACUGUCCAUAGCAUCUACAUCAGUAAUCUCAGAGCAGUCAGAGCAUUCUGUGACAGUGACGCUGGAACCAUACAUGACAAAGAUGGUGGAUUCCUUCGCAACAGCAUCAGUGCCUACUACAACACUAGUGCUGAAGUCAUCUGACCCAGUUGUAACAAUGUCCGCGGAGUAUCAGAUGAAGUCUGUGCUCACAUCUUGGGAAAGCACAUCUCCAGAGCCAUCGAAAAUAAUGUUGGUAGAGCCUCCAGUAGCAAAAGUGCUAGAACCAACAGAAACCGUUGUGGAAUCCUCAGAGACACCUGCUGAGGUGUACCCUGAGCCAAGCACAUCAACAACAUUGGAUUUUCCAGAGUCGUCCGGACCUGAAGUGCUAAGAUUGCCAGAGCAGCCUGUAGAAGCAUCCAUGGAGAUCGCUGAAUCACCUAUGACAAGACCGAAGGAGUUGCUGGAGCUGCCUAAGACCGCAGCGUUGGAGCUGCCGGAGUCGUCGUUGGUGGCCUCAGCAAUGGAGUUGCCGGGGCCACCUGCGACCUCCAUGCCGGAGUUGCAGGGGCACCCUGUGACUCCAGUACUGGAGUUGCCGGGGCCCUCUGCUACUCCGGUGGCGGAGUUGCCGGGGCCCCCUUCUACCCCAGUGCCCGAGUUGCCAGGGCCCCCAGCGACUGUAGUAUCUGAGUUGCCGGGGCCCUCUGUGACACCAGUGCCACAGUUGCUGCAGGAAUUGCCAGGGCUCCCAGCAUCAUCUGUGGGGUUGGAGCCACCACAGGAGGUGCCAGAGCCACCUGUGAUGGCACAGGAGUUGCCCGGGCUGCCUGUGGUGACAGCGGCAACGGAGUUGCCAGGGCAGCCUGUGGUAACAGUAGCGAUGGAGUUGACCGAACAACCUGUGACGACGACAGAGUUGGAGCAGCCUAUGGGGAUGACAACGAUGGAACAUCCUGGACAGCCUGAGGUGACAACGGCAACAGGGUUGCUGGGGCAGUCAGAGGCAACAAUGGUGCUGGAGUUGCCAGGACAGUCAGUGGCGACAACAGCGCUGGAGUUGCCUGGGCAGCCUUCGGUGACUGGGGUGCCAGAGUUGCCAGGGCUGCCUUCGGCAACUAGGGCACUGGAGUUGUCGGGGCAGCCUGUGGCAACUGGGGCACUAGACUUGUCUGGGCAGCUCAUGGCAGCUGGGGCACUAGAGUUCUCGGGGCAGUCUGGGGCAGCUGGAGCACUGGAGCUGUUGGGGCAGCCUCUGGCAACAGGGGUGCUGGAGUUGCCUGGGCAGCCUGGGGCGCCAGAGUUGCCUGGGCAGCCUGUGGCAACUGUGGCGCUGGAGAUUUCUGUUCAGUCUGUGGUGACAACAUCGGAGCUGUCAACGAUGACCGUGUCGCAGUCCCUGGAGGUGCCCUCGACGACAGCGCUGGAAUCCUAUAAUACGGUAGCACAGGAGCUGCCUACUACAUUAGUGGGGGAGACUUCUGUAACAGUAGGAGUGGAUCCCUUGAUGACCCAAGAAUCCCAUAUGUUAGCCUCUAACACCAUGGAGACCCAUAUGUUAGCAUCCAACACCAUGGACUCCCAGAUGCUAGCGUCCAACACCAUGGAUUCCCAGAUGCUAGCAUCCAACACCAUGGACUCCCAGAUGUUAGCUUCUAGCACCAUGGACUCCCAAAUGUUAGCUACCAGCUCCAUGGACUCCCAGAUGUUAGCUACUAGCUCCAUGGAUUCCCAGAUGUUAGCAACUAGCACCAUGGACUCCCAGAUGUUAGCAACCAGUUCCAUGGACUCUCAGAUGUUAGCAACCAGCUCCAUGGACUCUCAGAUGUUAGCAACCAGCUCCAUGGAUUCCCAGAUGCUAGCGACCAGCUCCAUGGACUCCCAGAUGUUAGCAACUAGCUCUAUGGACUCCCAGAUGUUAGCAACCAGCACAAUGGACUCCCAGAUGUUAGCUACUAGUUCUAUGGACUCUCAGAUGUUAGCAUCUGGUACUAUGGACUCUCAAAUGUUAGCUUCCGGCACAAUGGAUGCCCAGAUGUUAGCAUCUGGUACCAUGGAUGCCCAGAUGUUAGCAUCUAGUUCACAAGAUUCUGCUAUGUUGGAUUCAAAAUCUCCUGAUCCAUAUAGGUUAGCUCAGGAUCCUUACAGAUUAGCUCAGGAUCCCUAUAGGUUAGGUCAUGACCCUUACAGGCUAGGUCAUGAUGCCUACAGGUUAGGACAGGACCCUUACAGAUUAGGCCAUGAUCCCUACAGACUAACUCCUGAUCCUUACAGAAUGUCACCUAGGCCCUAUAGGAUAGCACCCAGAUCCUAUAGAAUAGCACCCAGGCCAUAUAGAUUAGCACCUAGACCCCUGAUGCUAGCAUCUAGACGGUCUAUGAUGAUGUCCUAUGCUGCAGAACGCUCCAUGAUGUCAUCUUAUGAACGCUCUAUGAUGUCUUAUGAGCGGUCGAUGAUGUCCCCAAUGGCUGAGCGCUCCAUGAUGUCAGCUUACGAGCGCUCUAUGAUGUCAGCCUAUGAACGCUCUAUGAUGUCCCCUAUGGCUGAACGCUCUAUGAUGUCAGCAUACGAACGUUCCAUGAUGUCAGCUUAUGAACGUUCCAUGAUGUCCCCAAUGGCUGAUCGAUCUAUGAUGUCCAUGGGUGCUGACCGGUCUAUGAUGUCAUCGUAUUCUGCUGCUGACCGGUCUAUGAUGUCAUCGUACUCUGCAGCUGACCGAUCUAUGAUGUCAUCUUAUACUACUGAUCGCUCAAUGAUGUCAAUGGCUGAUUCUUAUACUGAUGCGUAUGCUGACACAUAUACAGAGGCAUAUAUGGUGCCACCUUUGCCUCCUGAAGAACCACCUACAAUGCCACCAUUGCCACCUGAGGAGCCACCAAUGACACCACCAUUGCCUCCUGAGGAACCACCAGAGGGUACUACAUUACCCACAGAUCAGUCAGAAUUAACAGCUGAAAAUGCAUGGCCUACUGAGGUGCCAGCAUUGUCUCCUGAAGAAUCGGUGUCAUUGCCUGAACCUACAAUGAGUCAGAGUGAGAUUUCAGAGCCUUUGGCAGUGUCUGCUAGUUACUCUGUGUCAGCAUCAGAGUCCUCAAUGUUAGUAGCAGAACCUGUUGUGACUGUCCCAGAACCACCACCAGAGCCAGAGUCUUCAGUUACAUCUAUAGCUGUGCAGUCUGCUGUGGUAGUAGAACAUGAAAUUAUUCCAGAGACAUCAGUGACUUGUAUGGCAACUGAAACUCCCAUAGUGUCAGCUGAACCAGCUAUGUUAACAUCAGAGCCUCCGAUUAUGUCAGAGACAGCAGAAACCUUUGAGUCCAUGAGCACUGCAGGACAUGCUUCAGAAAUAUGCGUGCCCAUCUUGCAGUCAACUGUAACUAUUCCAGAGUCUGCACAGAGCACUCAAGAGCUACCAGCUAUGCCUGUCACCGAGCUGCCAGCCAUGUCAGUCCCAGAGUCAAUGGCGGUGGCUGUUCGGGAGCCACUGGCGGUGGCAGUCCCAGAGCCGCUGGCUGUUUCGGAGGUGCUUGUGGUGGCUGUCCCAGAGCCGCCGGCUAUGACUGACCCAGAGCAUGUUGCUAUUUCUGUGCCAGUGGUUUCUGCCCUGGAGCCAACUGUGUCUAUGGUGGAACCAGCAGUGUCGGUUCUUCAGCCUGCCAUGAUUGUUUCAGAACCAACUGUUUCUGUUCAAGAAUCCACUCUGGCUGUUUCAGAGCCUUCUGUUACUGUCUCAGAGCAAACUCAAGUGAUAUCAACGAAACUGGUUUUAGAAACUACGUCAAUGAUACUGGAGUCUAGUGUUAUGUCCUCAACACACAUUAUAAAGGGAAUGAAUUUAAUAUCCAGCAAUUCUAAUCUUGCCCCAGAGAUUGGCAUGCAGGGGAUUACCAUGUAUGCAGGUGAAGAGUCACAUGCUGAAGGACACCUGAAGAGUGACACUUAUGGAAGUGAACAUGGUAUGGGUAUAGACCUUAAUAUAAAUAAUUUAAUUAGAAGUGAGAUGGAACAUACAACAGUGUCUGCUGCCAGCACUGGUAGUGAAAUUGGGGAAGAGAAAAUUUCACCUGUCAAUGAGACUGAGCAAUGCACAGUAUUGGUUGCCUGCCCUGGUGUUAGUGAAGCUGAUGUAAGAACGCUAUCUUCUGAUCCUCUUGAACAUGAUGCAAAGGCAACUAGUAAGGGUAUUGAAUUUGCCACAACAUCUGCUUUCAGUUCAGACAAUAAAUAUGAUGUGGAAGUAUCUGUAACUACUCAAGAUAGUGAACAUGACAUGGUAAUUUCCACCAGCCCUAGUGGUGGUAGUGAAGCUGACAUAGAGGGACCUUUGCUUGCUAAAGACUUUCAUCUUGAGUUACCUACUAAUAACUUUGCUAGUGAGGAUGCAGAAAGACCAUUACCUAUGCCAGAGAGUGACCAGACAAUGACAGUGGAUCUUAACCCUAAAGAAAAUAGUGAAGAAAAAGAAGUACCGCUUCCCGCAAAAGAGAUACUGCCCAAUUCAGGAUUUCCUACCAAUAUUGAGGAUAUUAAUGAAGCAGAUUUAGUGAGACCAUUACUUCCUAAGGACAUGGAACGUCUUACAAACCUUAGGGCUGCUAUUGAAGGACCUUUACUUGCAAGUGAAGUUGAACGUGACAGAUCUGUUGCCAGUCCAGUUGGUGUAGCAGAAAGAGCUUCAGAAUCCUCUUCAGAGGAAAAAGAUGAUUAUGAAAUUUUUGUUAAAGUAAAGGACACACAUGAAAAGAGCAAGAAAAAGAACCGUGACAAAGGUGACAAAGAUAAGAAAAAAGACUCUUCAUUAAGAUCUCGAAGUAAGCGGUCCAAGUCUUCUGAACACAAAUCACGUAAGCGUACCAGCGAAUCUCGUUCUAGGGCAAGGAAGAGAUCAUCUAAGUCCAAGUCUCAUCGCUCUCAGACACGUUCACGGUCACGGUCAAGACGCAGGAGGAGGAGCAGCAGGUCAAGAUCCAAGUCUAGAAGGCGAUCAGUAUCAAAAGAAAAGCGCAAAAGAUCUCCAAAGCACAGAUCCAAGUCCAGGGAAAGAAAAAGAAAAAGGUCAAGCUCUAGGGAUAACCGAAAAACCAUUAGAGCUCGAAGUCGAACCCCAAGCCGGCGAAGUCGGAGCCAUACACCCAGUCGACGAAGAAGGUCUAGAUCUGUGGGGAGGAGGAGAAGUUUUAGCAGCACCCCCAGCCGCCGGAGUCGCACCCCCAGCCGCCGGAGUCGCACCCCCAGCCGCAGGAGUCGCACCCCUAGCCGCAGGAGCCGUACCCCCAGCCGCAGGAGCCGCACCCCCAGCCGCAGGAGAAGAUCAAGAUCUGUGGUAAGAAGACGAAGCUUCAGUAUAUCACCAGUCAGAUUAAGACGUUCACGAACACCCUUGAGGAGAAGGUUUAGCAGAUCUCCCAUCCGUCGUAAAAGAUCCAGGUCUUCUGAACGAGGCAGAUCCCCUAAACGCUUGACAGAUUUGGAUAAGGCUCAAUUACUUGAAAUAGCCAAAGCCAAUGCAGCUGCCAUGUGUGCUAAGGCUGGUGUUCCUUUGCCACCAAACCUAAAACCUGCACCUCCACCUUCAAUAGAAGAGAAAGUUGCUAAAAAGUCAGGAGGAGCUACUAUAGAAGAACUAACUGAGAAAUGCAAACAGAUCGCACAAAGUAAGGAAGAUGAUGACGUAAUAGUGAAUAAGCCUCAUGUUUCGGAUGAAGAGGAAGAAGAACCUCCUUUUUAUCAUCAUCCCUUUAAACUCAGUGAACCCAAACCCAUUUUUUUCAAUCUCAAUAUUGCAGCUGCAGCAAAGCCAACUCCACCCAAAAGCCAGGUAACAUUAACAAAAGAAUUUCCUGUAUCAUCUGGAUCUCAGCACCGAAAAAAAGAAGCUGAUAGUGUUUAUGGAGAGUGGGUUCCUGUAGAGAAAAACGGCGAAGAAAACAAAGAUGAAGAUGACAAUGUUUUCAGCAGCACUUUGCCCUCUGAGCCUGUGGACAUCUCUACAGCAAUGACUGAGCGAGCACUUGCUCAGAAAAGACUCAGUGAGAAUGCAUUUGACCUUGAAGCCAUGAGCAUGUUAAAUCGAGCCCAGGAACGGAUUGAUGCCUGGGCUCAGCUGAACUCUAUUCCUGGCCAGUUCACAGGAAGUACAGGAGUACAGGUUCUGACACAAGAACAAUUGGCAAAUACUGGUGCCCAAGCCUGGAUUAAAAAGGAUCAGUUCUUAAGAGCAGCCCCAGUAACUGGAGGAAUGGGAGCCGUUUUGAUGAGAAAAAUGGGCUGGAGAGAAGGAGAAGGAUUAGGAAAAAACAAAGAAGGCAAUAAAGAACCUAUUCUGGUUGAUUUUAAGACUGAUAGGAAAGGUCUUGUUGCGGUAGGAGAAAGAGCGCAAAAGAGAUCUGGGAACUUUUCUGCUGCAAUGAAGGAUCUGUCAGGUGAGGGCAAACAUCCAGUCUCUGCCUUGAUGGAAAUCUGUAAUAAGAGAAGGUGGCAGCCACCUGAAUUUCUCUUGGUCCAUGACAGUGGCCCUGACCAUCGCAAACAUUUUCUCUUUAGGGUAUUGAUAAAUGGAAGCGCUUACCAGCCCAGCUUUGCCAGCCCUAAUAAGAAGCAUGCUAAAGCCACAGCAGCUACUGUGGUUCUUCAAGCAAUGGGCCUUGUACCAAAGGACCUCAUGGCUAAUGCCACUUGCUUCAGGAGUGCCUCACGUAGAUAGAUUGAGGUUUUAUAUUAAUCAUUUCAGAUAAUUUUACUCUGCAUCAAAAUGUAUUUCCUCAAUGUUGUAAAUAUUUGGCAAUUGAAGACAUUGUGUAAAAAGCAAUCUGUACAAACAUCUGCAGGCUUUGAUUUUUGUACCAUGGAAAUUGUAUUUAACCAUACAGGGUUUUGGUAUGUUUAUAUUGUUUACCUUAGUGAUGUAUUUGUUUUAAGUGGCUAACAUCCAAACAAUUGAUUGUUCGAAGGCAUCAGUAAUCUUCAGUGUGGAAUGUUAAAUAACGCUUUUAUACUGUAUUUUGUACUAUGCUGUAACUCCCCUUCCUUAUGGCUAGGCUGCUGUAACACUUGCCUGUAACCAGUGAAGGGCUGUGCACCUUGUACUAUUUUCACAAUGGGGUUCUGCUGGACAGAUACUGGGCCAGUGUUAUUGAGGUAAUCAAGCAAGAUCUGUUCCACAGGGCUAACGCCACCACCUCCCCUCAAAAUUUUGUAGAGGUUAUAAGAAGAAUGGUAUGUUGUGUGAUCAUCAGCACCAAGUCCUGUGUUCCUGUUAAAGCCACUUUGGGCUGUAAGAAGGGUGUGAAAAUAAAGUCUGACUAGAAUUCUGCGGAGGCCAAGUACCUUUUAGUAUGGCACUGAGUUGUGAUAAUAGUUAUACUUCGAUGUGCAUUUUGAAUUUCAGCUACACCUAGGUAUAUUUAAAAUAAUUAAAAUGCUGUAACCAACUUAUCUAAUAAAAUCGGCACCCAGCCACUAUUUUGUUGACUAUGAAAAAGUUAAGUUCAUGUUAAUUUUUAGGGUCUGAUAGACUAUUUCAUGUGUAUUACAGUGGUAUUCAUAUUCUAUGUCUCUAAACUUUAUUUUCAAAAGCUUAAGGCCCCAAUACAAACUUCUCUGGAAUAAA